UCUCCCUCCCAUUUCUUUCCCUUUUUCUUCCAACCUCGGUCUUUCUCCUCGUUUCCUCCUUUCUUCUCCUUCUUCUUCUGGGCGCCUGCCUGCCCCUGCCAUGGUGAGAGAUUAAAAAAAAAUAAAAAAAGCCAAACCUCCGGACAAACAGUAAACCGGCCGUUUGAACCGACGGUUUCGGUUCGGUUUGUUUCCGAUUUCGGUUUGAAACGUAACCGGCGGUUCGAACCGACGGUUCGAAACCGAAUGAGCAAGUCUCUUUCAAAUGAAUGAAUGCUCAACCUGAAUUAAGAAUUUUGAAGCAGCGGCAUCGCUCCCUAUUCAUCCGUGGAUUUCGUAGGCGGCUGCAAGAUUAAAACGCAUCGCCUCAAUGGAGGACGGCAAGGCGGCGAUGGCGCAGCAACAAUUGAUGCAGCAACAACUUCUGCUGCAACAGAUCCAAAGACAGAAGGAAGCCAUGUCUCGCUUCCCUUCCAAUAUCGACGCUCAUCUCCGCCCACAGCACCCUAUGCUUCACCACCGUCCUCUCAACCCUAAUUCCGCUACCCAGCAAGUUGUUCCCAAUCCACUCCAUCCCAACCCUAAUUCCAGUCCCAAUUCCUCCGCUACACCCUCUACUAAUAAUAAUCAGCAGCAGCAGCACAAGGCCUCUCUCCAGCUCGCUUAUCAGGACGCUUGGCGAGUCUGUCAUCCUGACUUCAAGCACCCGUUUUCUUCCCUCGAAGACGCUUGUGAGAGGCUGUUACCUUACCAUGUCGUGGCUGAUUAUGAAGCUGAGGAGGAUGACAAGAUCCUUGAUUCAGCUACUACAGGCCCGAUUCUUUCUCGCUCACAGCAAUGGGAUUAUAACAUUGCUGCUAAAGUUGCAGAGUUCACUGCCACAUUCGAGAAACAAGUCCUUGCAUUCAACAUUAUCUCUCGUAAACGGGGCCUUGGGGAGUUCCGUACAGAGGAGAAACUGAUGAUGGAGCAAUUGCUUUUGCAAGAAGAAAAGCAAGCACUUCUAGAAUUGAGGGCUGAAAUGGAUUCAAGGCAGAAGGCAAGUCGGGAAACCCAUGAAGCGAAUAUGAGAUUGGCUGCCAUGGUUCGUGCUGAAUCUCAAGCACAUACUGAAAUGAUGGCAAGGGCUCCAAUUAGAGCUAGUGCUCGAGGUAGUAAUACCGUUGGUUCUGACAUGGCUGAGCAGGAGCAGGACUUCCAACAUGAUGACAUUAUGAAUGGAUGGGGAAGCAAUGCACAGAAGGAUGACAAGGCGCCAUCAGAUGACUUCCUGAAUGAUGACGACACUGAGAAUGGCGAUGCAGCACUGCAGGGUGAGUGGCUUGGAGGAGGGGAGUUGGAUCUGAAUGCAAGGUGAUCUUAUUACUUGAUAGAUUAUUGUUAGUGAGGAGGUAUUGCCAGAAACUUUUUGCAUUUGGGUUAUUUGAUGCAUGUGCGUGCGAUCUUGUGUGUGUGUGUAUGCGUUGAGGACAGAAGAGAAGACAUGACUUGCAUGUGUAAGUUUUAUUUUACAAUUUAUCCGGGCAAAAUUAGAGUUUGGAGGGCUUGAACUUGGGCCCUCGUUCUCAGGUGAAGGAAACAAGGAGGGGGUUGUGGGUUAGACCCAAAAAAAAAUGGGAAGAAGGCUAGACUACAUGUUUCGUUUCUGUUUCUGACGGUGGAAUCAGAUAGAAGGAUUCCAUUUUGAUGCAGGGAGGUGAAGGAAAAUUGCUAAGCGACAGCUGAACUCGAUGACGAGUAAGAGAAGGAAGAAGAAUCAACCCUGAUGUUGUUGCUGUAGGCAAUCCUGCAACUCCCAAGCAUAUAGUUGUCGGCAGCUGCUCUUUGACUUUGCUCUCUUUGAUGGAGAAGGGACGUUUGAUCCAUUUUGGGAAUCAGUUGUGGUCUUGAUGCAGUGUGUAGCAUCAUCCACUAUAAGAUUAUAUUGGGCAUUCAUUUCGUUACUUUUCGCCUUGUCUUUUCUGGGAUGUCGUCAAAUUUGUUGAGUGUUGUGUAUCUGUCAGGUUUCAAAGGGGGACUGAUCUACUAAUGCCGAGUUAUGUAAGACCCUUGCCAAUCCCUACUCGUCCUCGGGAUGCCAUCAGCAGCAUGAAUAAUAACUUGCCCAGGCCUUGAGCCGUAGUUCCA